UCGACCAAUCACAAAACAAGGAGCGACGUCCGUCCAAUCACGCUUCACCUUGCCGAUAUCACUUCCCGGUUGAGCUCCCAUGCUUGUUUUGUGCUCCUGAGCUCCGCACGCUGUUUUCACACUUAAAGUAAAUUACAUCAUGGCCAAAGACAAAUCUUUGAAACCAGACUCAAACCCUUCUAAAAGGAAGAAGUCGAGUACAAACGCAGAAGAAAUGAUGGACACUAAAGUACAAAAGAAAAAGAAAAAGAUGGAAGUGGAAGAGGCUCCGGUACAGAUUCCACAAGUGACAGCAGAUGAUAAAAAACAGAAAAAGGAAAAGAAACGCAAAAAGAAGUGCGUAACAGAGACGACAGAGCAAACCGAGAUUUCAGAUACAGCCCCUGUGCUGGAGGGAGAGGAGGACCUGAGCCCAGAGGAGAAGCGGGUCCUGGAGAGGAAGAUGAAGAAGAUCCUGAAAAAGGAAGAGAAGAAGAGGCUUAAAGCCGAAGGAGAAACUUUGGAGAAAACUGAAGCAUCUGGACCAACUGCACCUCAGCAGGCCUUAGAUUACCUCACCUGCUGGGCUGAAAACCGUGCAGAGUGGAAGUUCCAGAAGACCAGGCAGACGUGGUUACUGCAGCAUAUGUUCGACUCUGAAAAGAUUCCAGAUGAGAAGUUCUCCGUGCUGCUCGAGUACCUGGAGGGGCUGCGUGGAGGAGCCAAAGACACCACAGUGCAGAAGGCCUUAGUUCUGGUUGAAGAGUCUGGACAAGCACCAGAGGACAAAGUUGUCCAGCAGAGGGCGCAAAGAGCCAGAGAAGUUAUCCAGCUCCUCUCCUGAACACCCCAAAGCACAGCAGAUAAAGACUGAAACAUGUUUGUUGAUCAGUGGACCUGGAUUAUUACCCUGGUUUCAAGUUAGGACUAAAAGUUAUUGUUUUAUAUAUAGUUUUUUGGGGCAGUCCUGUGGGACAAAAGGAUGACUUUUGAUUAAAUUGCCAGUAUUAUUCACAUUUUUUUAAUUUAUUGUGUCUAGGUUACUUUCUCUUCUCCAUUUCUUCAGUUUAAUACAUUGUUGCCUGACGGUAAUCAGUCACUAAAGCCAUAUUAUGAAACAUGUUGCAACUUACAUGUUAUUCUUAUUAUAAGUUACACUUAAGAGUAGAGUAGUACCUCAGCUAACAGUGGCAGAUUUUCACUAGUUUUUCCAGCUCCAAAUGUAAAGAAUUCAGAGUCCAGUUUCAGGAUUUAUGGACAGAUUUGAAGACGAUACAGAAAACCGAGAGACUGCUGGAGUUAAGUCUCAGGAAUGUUUGUAGUCAGACAUGUUUGUGCCUGUCAAAGCCCAUAAUCUGAAGUCACUGAUGAGAAUAACUUUUCUCAGCCACUGAAGGUAUAAGCAUAAUAAAUAUGUUUUGGUUCUACAACCAACUCUUCACAGAAACUCCAUGUAUGCCCCACACAGAUGGAUAUCCACUCAUUGUAAUCUUCUCUGUAUCCAAAACAGAUAUACAGUAGGUACAGGAGCAGCUGCCAGUUCAGGCUGCAGGAUCGGGGAGAAUGUAGGCCUCCUGCACUACAAAGGCUCGUGUUUUGACUCUUAACUCAGGUUACAAAGUUUUCAGGAAGGAAACAGAGUCUCUAUAUGUGGGCUGGUAUCAUCACUUCCUGGAUUUAUAAAAAUACACCCAAAUACAGUACACAAUAUUCCAAAUACAUUUUUAAAAUGUUAUGUUUAGCCGAACACAUAAAUAAUAAUGUUUAUUGUUUAAUACUUAAUGUCCUGUCCAUUUUUUUAAAUCCUGUUAUAGCCUUAUAGAUGUUAUAGCCUGUGUUGAUGUUUUCUGAUUCUGAGUGCAUUUUAAUGCAGCAAGUAAGUGGAAAGAGUACCUGUUAUUGUUUUUAGGGACUCAAUUUUGUCUUGUAAAUCAUUUGCAAACCUGCUGAAGAAGAAUCACAUGUUGGGAUGUGAAAUUAUACAUUAAACUUUUUAUCCAUCUCAAAACUUUCCAUUUUCUUUUAAAAACUGUGUUUUAUUUCUCAGUAUGUUGCCUCUGUACAGAAUUUGAUUCAUUACGAUGAUCCUCUCUGAUGGAAAAAGUCCUGGAGAGAGCCGGCUGAGUGUCAAAACUCCUCGAUU